GUUUAACAUGAUUCUGCUAAAAAUAUUUUCAGUGUGUGAUUAGCAUUUUUCAUAAAUCUUAUAAGCGUGUAUGGUGUAAACAAUGUAAACAAAAAAUCAAAAUAAUCAGAGUGCAUAUAAAUUGAUUUUCAACAUUCGGUUAACUCAACAGCACAGAAAAAUGCUUCUAAGGGCUCGAUUGUGGAAUAACCUGUCGAGGGCAGGCUCCAUCCGGUCUUAUAGUAAGAUCAACCUAGAACGAUUGGAGAACCGAUCCUUGCUACGUGUCCAAGGCUCCGACGCCACCACGUUCCUCCAGGGUUUGAUAACGAACGACAUGAACCACUUUCAGCACGGAGCCAGUUCCAUCUAUGCCAUGCUGCUCAACACCGCAGGCCGGGUUCUGUUCGACACAAUGAUCUAUCGGAUGUCGCCGGAACAGUCGGACCACUUUGUGGAAUGCGACGCCGGGUUGGUGGAUGCGCUUAGAAAGCAUUUGACGAUGUUUCGGAUACGAAAGAAGGUGGAAAUUGCUCCGGCUGAAUGCAGUGUUUGGGCUGUAUUUUCCCAAGAAAAUGGCUCCCUUCCGGAACAGGCUUCUCGUGAGGGUGUGAGCAUUUACAAAGACACUAGACUGGCCGAGCUCGGGUAUCGGAUAAUAACCGACAAAACAGUAUCGUUAGAUACUGUAAAGGCUGCUUUUCCUCAUGGGACGGCAUAUGCGGAAGGUGGUUCCUACUUAGAGCACCGGUUUAGUCUUGGUAUCGGAGAAGGCGUGAACAACUUUCCGCAGGGCAAAUGUUUCCCUUUGGAGAGUAAUUGCGACUACAUGCAUGGUGUGAGCUUUCACAAAGGAUGCUACAUUGGCCAAGAACUAACUGCAAGGACACACCACACCGGUGUUGUGAGGAAAAGACUGAUGCCGCUGACUUUUGAGAAUCCAGUGCCCAAUAAUGAGCUUCCGGAUGAUGCAGAAAUCAAGUCGGUAGACGGACAAGUUGUGGGUAAACUGAGAGGAGUGAGCAAUCUUGCUGGAAUCGGUUUGCUGAGAAUUGAAAAGGUUUUGCCCACGCAAACAUUAGUGCUGGCCGACAAUUAUUAUUGUUCUACACAACGUCCGUUCUGGUGGCCCAAAGAGCAGCCCAAAAGAUGCUAUCUUAACAUGUCCGCAGAAGGUAAAACAAGCCACUCCAACACCAUCAUCAAAUUUGCGUGCGAGUUGUGCAAAUGGACGGAAUCGUGCUCCUAUUACGGCAAGCAAGCGCCAUUCGUCAGAAAUCUAAAGUUUGAAGAGGAUUGUUACGUGAUGCGAGACCCGUUUUGUCCGCCACCGUCGGUGAAGCAAUCGUCGCCGGUGGAAUACUUCAUCGUGAUUGGAGCCAACUGUAGAAUCUGCUCAAGGGCUGUGUGCAAAAAUUUAGAGUGCAGUUUUUUCUAUGCAAACACCUUCUGCAGGCAAUGUAGUCUAUGUAAUGUCACAAAGUUUCCCCUAGAAAUUCAAAGUAGAAUAAAAAAGCAGUUUAGAAAUUGAAAACGGA